GAUAGGAAGUAAGCUAGGAAACAUUUUACAUCAAAAAGACACCUAGAAUCUACGAUACGUCUCCUUGAGGAAGGGAGAGAGAGAUGACGGAAACAGUCACCUACUGGAUCAAACACCGCCACCCUACCAUCACCCACCUAUGCAACCUUCCUCGUCACCCGCCCAGACUCCCUUGCCCUUCGCCGGCUACUCCCGUCGUCCCCUUAAAGCACGCCAAGCUCCGUAUCUCCGCCAAGCCAACCACCACAAUCUCCAAAACUCCGCCUUACGAUUCCCAUCUCGCACAACAGCGCUUGGCCAGGCGUACCUACCGCCGAUCUCUUGGCCUGCGUUCCGUAGCUCCGCCAGUUCUUGGCAGGCGCGUGCCAAGGGGCGGACAAGAUCGGAUCUGGCGCAUUGCCAAGGUCCAUGCGAGACUUGAGACCUCGCUGGGCACCGCACUGACGCCGAUACCCGUUUUUCUUGUCGUGCGGAGCCGUAGUUCGAAUCUUGGGUGCAUAACGAUUGCCUAGAUGGUGGCGCGGGAGCUAAGGGAUGUCCCGCAUGAUGCUUUUCGUUCGGAUCUAGGGCCGGUGUGGGUUUCCUAAGGCUUGGUAGUGACAAACUGGCCACGGUGGGCGAUCUUUCGAUAGUCCUUCGCGGGCGGAUCGCCGCGGAAUGGUUUGCAUGAAGUUGAUGGUGAUGGUGGUG